GGGGCGCUGCCACUGUGGGGGGCAUGGCCAUCCUCCAGGUCACUGCGGGCCACCCCCUGGCCAUGGCCCAGGGCCCUGCGGGCCAGCCCCCCACCAUGGUCCAGGGCCCUGCGGGCCACCCCCUGGCCAUGGCCCAGGGCCCUGCGGGCCACCCCCCAACCAUGGUCCAGGGCCCUGCGGGCCUCCCCCUGGCCAUGGCCCAGGGCACCCACCCCCUGGUCCACAUCACUGAGGAAGUAGAAGAAAACAGGAUACAAGAUGGCAAGCCUGAGAGAAUUGCCCAGCUGACCUGGAAUGAGGCCUAAACCACAAUCUUCUCUUCCUAAUAAACAGCCUCCUAGAGGCCACAUUCUAUUCUUUAAA